AUGCUUGACGUCCCCGACUCGCAGCUAGAGAGCAUGCUUGCGGAGGCACCCGGUUCAUCCUCGUUAAAUUUCACCAUGUUCCUCACUCUGUUUGGAGAAAAGCUUGCUGGAUCUGAUCCUGAGAUGGCCAUCAAGAACGCUUUUGAGUGCUUUGAUGACGAAGGCAUGGGCAAUGUAAACGCUGAUGUCCUAAGGGAGUACCUCACCACCAUGGGUGACCGUAUGACGGACGAUGAGGUCGAUGAGAUUAUGCGUGGUACGCACGUCUCUGGCGAGAGUUUCGACUACUGUGCGUUCGUGAAACUGCUCAAGAGUGGCAUUGUUGAAGGCAACUCGCAAUAG